GUAUCUGCUUCCUGGUCUUCAUUAAUUUUUUUUUCUUCUAAAACCAAAACGUUAGAACAGAAAUCUUUUGCACCACAGCUGUUCUGCUGUUUCCAAGGUCGGUUGUGGCAGGGUCAAGGAAACUCCAGUAGCGUCAAAAUGGCUGACGAUUCCGAUGUGCCUCCAUUGGAGGAUAUGACAGAAGUGCUGAAACAAGUUGAUGCCAUCAGAGAGCGAAGAGAUCAUCUCUCGGCUGACACAGGAAAAAAAUCACAGAAGAACAAAGCCAAAGAAAGAGCAAAAGUGAACAAAAAGAAUGUGACAGCCCGUGCUGUUGCACCAGAAAGAUUAGAAGCGGUUGACUCCAUAUCAAAGGGUGCUGGUGAACCUCAAAGGUCUAAGUUGGAAUCUUCUCCAUUAUCAGAAGCUGAGCCUGCCAAACCAGUUAAAGUAGAGACUGUCAAAAAAACUCAGAGUGAGAAAGGAAAUCUUUUUGGGGGUCUUAAGAAGGGUUUCCUGUUUGGUGGUUCUCCAAAUAAACCAAAGCAGUCAAACUCAACGUCUACAAGUGGGAAUGUCACUAGUACCAAAGCAAAAUCAGAAAAUUCUGCUCCUCCUGUGAAAGAGAUAAAAACAUCGAAGGUGAAGCAAGAAGAUGAGGUUCCAUUCAUACAAGCAAAUGGAAAGACUGAAUCAGGACUUACUUUCAAUGAGGUACAGCAAGCAAUGUCUGAAUCGAAAGGGUUAUUGGAAAACCAAGACUGGAUAACAGAUGAUCUGCUAAACAAAGUUGAAGGAAAUGAAAUGCUGUUGAAAAGAUUCACUGAUCCUCAUUUCAUGAAAGCCUUGGAAGAAUUUCAAACCAACCCACAGGCAGCACUGGAGAAGUACAAAAGUAACAAGGAGGUGGAAAAGUUCCUACUUGAAUUCUGUGGCCUGAUAGGAGACCACUUCACGCACAUGGGCAGCAGUGGCGACACUUCUUCAAGCUCUCAGUCUUCCAAGAAUUCAGCAAAGUCAUCAGCCACUUCUACACAGAAAGAGACAAACAAAACAUCCCCUCCUGUUGUACCCAGCUUCUCACAGUUUGAUGGGAAUGAACCCAAAGGACCCAAGAUUGUAGAAAUUACUGACGAUUCAUCUGCGCCCUCGGAAAAAAAGUCUUCGGGUCAAAAGCCAAAAAUUGUAGAAAUAACAGAUGAUGACACAGCCACAACGCCUCCCAAUAAGACUGCGGAAAUCAAAGUCUCUGGUAAAACAGCCGAAUCAAGAAAAGGUGCUCCGAAUAUUCUAACUCGAAAUCCUGGCAAUGGCGCAGACAUUGAGGCGAUGCCUCAAGUUGGAGACGAGGAAGUCAAAAAAAUGCUGAGCGACCCCAAGGUCAUGGAAAUUCUCAUGGAGCCGCAGAUCAUGAAUCUCAUUCAGUUACUGAGGUCUGACCCAGAGAAAGCACAAAGAACAAUUGAUGAAACUGGUAGUGAUCUCAGAGACAAAGUGCGAUUUCUGGUCUCUAAAGGACUUCUCCAGUUUCAAGCAGGGUGAUGGUCUCCAGGACAGUGUGAUACGUACAGAGUGCAUAUUUAUAUGAUACAAGCCUUAUGAAAGGAGGUGUCUGCCUAUGCUGGUACUUGAGAUGUCUAAAGUGCUUGGAUCCUGUGAUAAAAUCAACUUCUUUUGUGUAAAGGUUCAAGUGCUGGCGCAAAUUGUGUAUGGUAUGGAUAAAUUAUGAUCAGAUGCUGUUAGCGUUGAUUGUGGAUUUGUUAUAUGCUUGAGAUUGUGUGUGUGCGAGCUUAUGUUUUGUACUUUUUUACCCUCUCACUUGUUUGUUUGUGGAGUGCCAGCUUGUAUUCGCGUUCUAUCAAAAUGUGCCAAUUUGUUUCCGGACAAAUGUUGGUCUCUGGUUGACAAGCAUAAGUUUUGUUGUCACCAGACUGUGUCAUGCAGUGUUUAAUUUGGAUUUUUUUAAAAGUUUUUUAAAGAGCUUUAUGGCAACUGCAACACAUGAAUAGGUUUAACCCUUUCAUUGCCAGGGGGUAUAUGUUCCUACGGUCAGCACUGAUUUUCAGCUUAGCUCUUUACCCAGGACAGUAGCCUAAUGUCUCUGUGUUAAUGGGUGCGCUGUCUAGAUCUAGCGCACUCGUGACAUAUUUCGGACACCGGGUCUUGGAUUGUGUCUCUUUUCUUAUGUAUCCCCCAUUUCCUCCCACCUUACUCAAAAUUUCGAAUAACCUGCAAAUCUGGGUCAAAAAAUGAAUUUAUUUGCCUUUUUAAAGUCUUUUCGAUGUUUAUAUUUUACAAGAGCUCGCUGCGGCCCGCAAGCCAAGAUCUAUGUUUAUCGAUCACUUUCAAACCUAGCAGUAAAGAAAUACUAGCAAAUUUGGUACCAAUAUGCGCGCCUUUUAUUCCCGAAUACGAAUCUACGCAGCGCUUGUGGCUAAAACUCUGUACAGAAGAAUUAGAGCCAGGUUAUCAGCGUGACGUACAUGUAACGUCAUAUAGUCCACCAGGAGGGGCAAAUUUUGCCAACUUCCGUGACAUGAGAGAGACGAAUACAAAAAACAAAAAAAAGAAGGUGGAGGGAUAAGGAUAAUAGAUGUUUGAUAAGAAGAAAAACGCAAACCACACUAGUGCACCUGCCAACCACCCUCAUGCAGUGUUUAUUGACUGAUGAGUGCACAAGCUAAUGGGUAUAUAGUGUAUGUUCUUAAUGAGUGUGUGCUUGACGUUUUAUGACUUAAUGAGUGUGUGUGCCUGAUAUUUUAUGACUUUUGUGUCAUAGUUCAAAUAACGAUGUGACCUGGAAUAAAAUUUUCCCCUUUGAA